AAAAUGGGUACCGAAGGUACCGAAAAUAGCCAAUAACAUGUUGCUACAUUAAUAAAAUAUGUAGUAAGAAAAUAGAAUUCGAAGAAAAAAAACAAAUGUGGUGUGUGUAUACAAAUAAGAAUGUAUACUGUAGUGGCUAUACUAUUUUCUAUACUGCCCACCAUAUCUGAUUUGAUCCUUUUUUUCCCCACGAAUAUAUACUGUAUUUUCAUGUCAUGCAGUGAAAAGUGGAUAAAUGAACAUAGCAACAUGUGGUAGUAGCAUUGAUCAAUUAAGUUUGGCUACAUUUUUUUUUUUUUUUUUUGGUGAUAAGAGACGAGAUGAUAACGAACGAUUCAUUUCGCGACGGUUUUUUGACGGCAUAUUUUCGUUUUCUAUUUCACUUGAAACAUUCGUGCAUUUUGAUUUUUUUUCUUUUGUAAUCAUUUUCGAAAUUACGGAAAAAUCGGAUAAUUCUAGUCUGAAAUUUUUUUUUUUGGAUAUUUUUUUCAUUUCAUUGUGAAUCAUUCCGGUAUUUGUAAACAAUUUUUACCUUUGGUGAUAUUGAUUUCGAAAAUUCGAAUUAACGCAUUUCGUUUUUUUUUUGCCCAUUUCAAUUUGUGAUCGUCAAUUUUUCCAUUUAUUGUCAAAGAUUUUUUUUUUUUUUGAUAUUUUUAGUUUUACAAACAAUCAAUCAAAAUGGACAUGAAUGAAUCUGGCCGACGUUUUUCAUUGCGUAUUCGUGCUAAGAAAUUAAAACAUGAUAAAAAUGAACCAGCUAAACGAUCUCGUGUAGAUAAUUUCAAACAAAAAAAUGAAACUGACAAUCAACAAAAUGUUACUGGUGAUAAAAAUGAAAUAACUUCACAAGUUGGUCCAUUGAAACCUAAUGACGGUUUUGAUGAUGUAAUAUAUUUAUCCGAUAGUGAUACAUCUCAAGAUAAAGAAGAUUCAGAGUCAGCUGUGGAUCCUGAUCGAUCUGAAAAUGAUAAUGCAACAAAAGAAAAACAAGCGAAAACAAACGAUCAAAACGAUUCUGAAACGGAUGUUGAAUCUUCAGUAAUUUAUAUAUCCGAUGAUGAUGAUGAUGAUAAUCAUGAUUCUGAUGAUAAAUUUUCCGAUUGAUUUCAUUUCAUUUCAUUC